AUGCAUGAGCUCAAGGACGACUCGAUCGACCGCGGCCUGCCGCCGGUCCAGCCCGUGUGGAAGGAGAACAUCUUCAUCCUGUCGCGCGCCUUCGUCCCGCUCGUCCUGCACCAGAUGGCCUACAUCGCCUUCCCCCAGUACAAGUGGCCGUUCGCCCUCGCCUACCCGUUCUACAUCCUGUGCUUCAUGGGUUUCGCGCUCCAGGUCGUCACGCGCAUGUCGGGCUACUGCGUCAAGCUCGGCACGUUCGACGAGAAGCAGAUCGGCCGCGACCGCACGCCCGACAAGUCGGUCAACCACCUCGCCGGCGGCAUCCUCGCCUACAUGAUCAUCCGCACUGGCAUCGACUUCUACCUCAACUACGACAAGGGUGUCCAGAACCCGCUGUUCGACUUUUCGUGGUCGUUCCCGAUCCGCCUCGCCCUGUGGGAGGUCACUCUCGACUACUUCUUCUACGUCUACCACCGUGCGACGCACGAGGUCGACUACCUCUGGAACAUCCACAAGCACCACCACACGACCAAGCACCCGACCGCCAUCCUCGCCAUCCUCGCCGAGGAGAAGCAGGAGUUCCUCGAGGUCUUGACGAUCCCGCUCCUCACGUCGCUCGUCGUGCCCAUGACCUUCUCCGAGGGCUACAUCACUCUCGCCUACACGAUCUACGUCGAGAUGCUCGGUCACUCGGGCGUUCGUGCGCACUGGUGCCACCCGAUCCUGUGGCCGCUCGAGGCGUUCGGCGCCGGCCUCGCCGUCGAGGACCACGACCUGCACCACCGCUUCGGCAAGUCGGGCAAGAACUACGGCAAGCAGUCGCGCCUCUGGGACCGCGUCUUUGGCACCUGCGCCGAGCGCAUCGAGACCUGGGGCAUGUAA